CACAGAUGAGAAAUAAAAUACCAACAAUUGCCAUCAUGAAGCUAUCCGAGAGCAAAUCCGACACCUCCAUCAUUGCCAAUCUGUAUAAAUCGAUCAACCACAGCUACCGACGGUUAUCAAACACGAGCAACGUGCUGCAUCGGAUUCCGGAAAUGGAAAUACCGAACAUGGCGAUUGCCGACGAGUACGAUAUCGAGAAAAUGAUUGCUGAGGGCUGCUUCGCUAAGAUCUACCUGGCGCACCAUCGGCCAACAGGGACGACCGUAGUCCUGAAAGCAAUCCACACGGAGCUGACUAGUUUGAAGGAAUUUGUGCGUGAAUUCCACUACAACUAUCAGCUCAGCCAUCACCCAAACAUCCUUAGCUGCUACCAGGUGAAGUUCCAAACGAAGGAGUACUACGUUUACGCACAAGAGCACGCACCGUUUGGCGAUUUAGCGGCAAACGUGGGUGCAAGCGGAUUGCCCGAAAGCAGCUGUAAGAAAAUCGCUGAACAGCUUAGCUCUGCCCUCGGUUUCAUGCACCUGAAAGGUUUGGUUCAUCGUGACUUAAAGCUAGAGAAUGUGCUCGUGUUUACGCCAGAUUUUUCGCGCAUCAAACUGUGCGACUUUGGGACGACGACGCGCGAAGGUGUACUGGUGAGCAAGAAUAACAAAACCUGGACCGCUUUUCUGCCACCCGAGGUACUGGAGGUGGUCAAGAACGAACGGUUUAUCUGCAAGGCAUCGUCCGACUCGUGGCAAUUUGGAAUUGUGCUGUACGUGUGUUUGACCGGAGCGACACCGUGGAAGUCGGCGGACUGGGUGCGCGAUGCAAAGUAUGCCGCGUUCAUGAAAUAUCAAAAGCGUGAAACGACCAAAAUACCGGACAACUUUCGACGAUUUACGCCCCGUUUGCUUCGUGCCUUCCGACGCAUCUUCGAUCACCGGGACGAGGAUCGGGCGAAAGUGACGGACAUCAUGAAGUACAUGAAGAACCGCUGGAUGGAUGGCAAGAUCACGGUGUCAAAGUCGGCUUCCAACAUUGCCAGCGUCGGUCAGCAGCAGCAGUACCAGCAACAACAUCAUCAGCACACCAACUCGGAUCAGGACUCGGUGAAGUACAUCAAUCAUCGGGAAAGCCGCAAUUCUUUCGAUGGAAAGCUGCGAGCACGGCGCAUGACGAGCGUUGGAGCGCUCACUCCUGACUCGGUGCCGGGCUCGAUAAAUCUGGCCGGGGCGGAUCAUCAGGAUGCGAUCCGAAGCAAGGUGUGGGAUUGGUUGGAGUCGAACGAUUUGAAUGCCAGCGGUAGUGCAGAUGACCUUACAUUCUGGAGUACUAAGGAUACGAAAACGUUGCAACUUCAGCACCAACACCAGCAACAACAACAACACCGGCGUCAGAGUGUGGGAGGCCAACAGCUUCAGCAUCAUCAGCAAGAUCUGAUUAGUUUCAGCGAAACUCACAGCACCAUGACCUCCACGAGCAUCCUCCGAGAGACGAGGACCAUCACCAGUGGUGGUGCAAAAAUGUUCAAAUAAGAAAACCCCUCUAACCUCAGAAUUCCACCUAGUGUGAAGCAUGAACCGACAGUACACAAGUGAGAACAAUAUACUCCUCAGAA